UUGAAGCCCUGUCAAACUUCUGCCUAGCUUGCAGUAGGCACAAGGCUCUGCCAGAUGAAGAGGAAGAAGUUUGUCAAGCGUUUCAUAGCCCUGUCUGUGAGCGAAAUGUUGAAUGUUCAGCCCAUGCGAUGGAAGCAGAAGCUGCAGUGCGCAUUUGGCAAAGGAGCCAAACUUGUGACACACCACUGCGAUUCAGUAAAUUCCUCAGCGACGGUGACUCAAAAGUGUACACGGCAGUUGUUGAAGCGAAGGUAUAUGGCGAUGCUACGAUCUUUGAAGAAAAGGACUGCACAAAUCACCUAGCCAAGCGCCUCGGGACCGCUCUUCACAAACUCAAGGAGCCACUGCCAAGAGGGGAAAAGCUAAAAGAUAUGGCAAUACAGAAGCUGCAAACCUACUAUCAAGUGGCCAUCACAAGCAGUAGGGGCAGCAUUAAAGCCAUGCACCGGGCGAUUUGGGCCUCAUAUUUUCAUUGUCGCUCAACAGAUAAUGCGAACACCCACGAAUUCUGUCCAGAUGGACCGGAAUCCUGGUGUAAACACAAGCGUGCUAAAGCCCUGGGCGAACCUGCACCGGCUCACACACCCCUGCUCACCAAAGCCCAGGGAAAGGCAAUUUUCCCCAUUUACAAGAGGCUCACCGACGAGAACCUACCGACUCGCUGUAUUCAGGGCAAAACUCAGAAUGCAGCGGAGUCGCUAAACAGUAAAAUUUGGCUCCUCUGUCCAAAGACACGAUUUGCCUCAAGACAUGUUGUGGAGAUGGCCACUGCUAUGGCUGUUCUCUGGUUUAAUCGAGGACACUCCAGUUUUGAACGUGUUCUGGAAGAGCUUGGUGUGCUCCCGCCUCAUGAUCUGGUUGCUCUUGGCACAUCACAGGACAGCACACGCCAGAAAAAAAUGUCUCAAAAACUAACAGGAGAAGCAAAGGCUCGUCGGCAUGCGCUGAAGAAAAAAUCUCUUGUCGAGGAGUCAGCUCGAAAGAGCCGUGAGGGCCAAACCUAUGGUGCUGGCGCAUUUUAAUGGCAGUGGCCACUACAAGGAGGAUUGUUCUUGUGUACAAAUUUCGUCGCAUUCAAUGACAUCUUUGAUAAAUAAACAUGCAAUUUUGACUUUAAAACUCGUUUUUCUCAAAACACAAAUUUUGCCAUUUUUGCCAAUGUGCCCCUCCUUUUUCGGGUACUUCUGGUGCUCAGAUCUGCAUGAAAUUUUCCCCAAAUUUUUUCCAAAGUACAAGAAAUGCAAUUAUCUUGUUUAAGUUUCAAUAUUCUUAAUAUAUAAUUAAAAAAACUUAUGUAAACUUUUACUAGGGUAGGAGAAAUAUGAACUUCCCACGUUAAAAUUUUUCACGUCUAGUACAUAUUUUGUAUGGACUUCCUAAUUAGUUAUUUGCAUUCCACACUUCAUUUGAAACAUUAUGAACUAUCAAUUGUAAAAAAUUAUUGAAGUUUAGGUCUGAAAAGAGGGGGGGGCAAAAGGCUUCAGUUUUUCACUUUGUCAUGUUGCAGAACUAAAGGUAUGCAACUUGCAAGAAAACUAAUUAUACAUUUGAAAUCAGCAUAAAAAGUUCUAUAAGCAGCUCAAGUUUCAUUGCUCUAGAAUGAAUAUUAAAAAGAAGUGUCUUCGACCCGCAUCUCCCCUUAAUCUGCCUUUUACCCUUUCCUCUGAGUAUACAUAUGACAUGCAUUGCAAACAAUAAACAAUUGCAAAUUUGCGAACGUGUGUCCUGUCUUUUCAUUUUGUCCUGGUGUAACAGUAUAGCACAACAAAAGAAUGAUGCCCUACCAACUAGCCCCUGUCAAAGCCAUAACGAACAUAA